GCGCCGGCUUCAGCAUAACGUCUCUACAAUGAGGCUGAAGAGGGGACACGUCCUGCUGCUUUGGGUUCUGGUCUGCCCCGAUGUUAUGGGCCCCAUAGAGCCCAUCACUAUCGCUUCAGCGGAGGCCACGACUGGGGGGUCUCUAACUAGGUUUUUACCAAGCUACAAGAAAAUUGUCUCUUUUUUCCCAGAGUACUGUUACCCAGCGUGGAUAAGUUUCAACAAAAAUGGCCUUAAGACGGAUCUGGAAAACAAACUAUUCGGGCAGCACCUGGCGUCUCGCAUCAUCCUGAAAGCUGUGAGCGGAUUCAUGAGCAACGACAAUCCCAAGAAGCCGCUGGUUCUGUCGCUCCACGGCUCGACUGGCACCGGGAAGAACUUUGUCAGCCAGCUGAUCGCAGAAAACAUUUACACAGAGGGGAUGAACAGCAAGUUUGUCCACGUCUUCAUAGCCACGCUUCACUUCCCACAUUCCAGUCUCAUCUCCACCUACAAGUCUCAGCUGCAGCAGUGGAUCAAAAGCAGCGUGAGCAACUGUGAGCGCUCCAUGUUCAUCUUUGAUGAGAUGGAAAAGAUGCAUCCGGGCCUGAUCGACAGCAUUAAGCCGUUCCUGGACUACUAUGACAAGGUGGACGGAGUUUCCUACAGGAAAUCAAUCUUCAUCUUUCUAAGCAACGCUGGAGGCAGCAUCAUCGUUGAGACAGCUUUAGAUUUCUGGAGAGCAGGGCGAGCUCGAGAAGAGAUUGAUCUGAGAGACAUUGAAAAAGCUCUCUCCGUCUCCAUCUUCAACAACGUAAACAGUGGCUUUUUUCACACAAGCUUGAUCAAAAAUAACCUAGUGGACUUCUUUGUUCCCUUCCUCCCUCUGGAGUACUCGCAUGUCGUCCAGUGCAUCACGGCUAAAAUGAAGACCAGAGCCAACAAGCGUAAAGGCCUGCUGGACAUGGAUGUGAUAGACCAGAUCACCACAGAUGUGCUCGAUUUCCCCAAAACAGAGCAAGUUUUCUCCAGCAAAGGCUGCAAAACGAUAGAUAGUAAACUGGAAUACUACACAAGUAAUGAAUCUUGUGGGCAGUGUUUAAUCACUGGAAGCAAAGACUCUGACAGCCAAGAGGCUAAAGACAGGGAGUGAAUCUGACAGAAGAGGACUCACAUGCAGGUCCGGCCCUAGACAUAGGCCACCUAGGCAGCUGCCUAGGGUGCCAUCUGCUGAAGGGGGUGCCAAAUUGCAAUGAUUAGGCUAUAUAUUAAUGUUUUAGGG